AUGAGUGCAGAAACAACUGAAAAGGUAGCUGAAACCGCCCCAGAAGUUAAGGCAGAAGCGCCAGCUGAGGAAAUGACAUACUUUAUUUACCAUCCACACGAACUUUGGCUUAAAGGAAAGAAUAGGCCAAUGUUUGAAAGGCAAUUAAUUGAAAACAUGAGACAUCAACUCAAAGCGUCAGGAGUACAGAACUUCAAAGUUGCUCAAAUGCAUGUUGAGAUGCUUGUUUCAGCACCAAUUCAAUAUGUUGAUACAAUUUAUGAACUUUCAAAGAAAAUAUUCGGUGUUGCAAAGUACUCUCGUUGUUACAAAGUUGAUCGUGAUGUUGAAACUUUACACAAAGAGCUUGCAAAAUAUAUUACUGAUCUUCAAGCUAAAGGUCCAAUCAAGAGCUUCAAAGUUGACACAUCCCGUGUAGACAAGCGUUAUCCAACCAAUUCAAUGGAUUUUUCCAAAGAAAUCGGCGCUUUUAUUCAUGAUAAUUACAACAUCCCUGUUGAUCUCAAGAACCCAGCCCUCAGGAUAAACAUUGAGAUCCAAAAUGACUGUUUCUUCUUCUAUUCAGAGCGUCUUGAUGGUGUUGGCGGCUUACCAGUCAAUACAUCUGGAAAAACAGUUGUUCUCCUCUCCGGAGGCUUCGAUUCUCCAGUAGCCGCAUGGUCUGUCAUGCGCCGUGGCUGCCAAGUUGUCUAUGUCCACUUCCAUUCUUCGCCAUACGGAGAAUGGCGUAGUAGCGUUGGCAAGGUCAGGAAGAUUGUCCAGCAGUUGGCAACAUGGGGAGGACCAGAUACAUUUUAUUCUGUUUCCAUUGGCGAACAACAGCGUCAAAUUGCAUUAAAAGGUCCAUCUAAACUUCGUGUUACAUUAUACCGCCGUUUGAUGGUCAGAAUAGCAGCUGCUAUUGCCAAAAGGAAUAAAUGCACUGCCCUUACAACAGGAGACAACCUUGGUCAAGUCGCAUCUCAAACAAUCGAGUCAAUGACAACAAUUCAAGCAGCAAUUAAUCCUUUACUUAUUCUCAGACCAUUACUUGCAGAUAGUAAAGAGGAAAUCAUCGAAAAAGCAGCCAGAAUUGGAACAAAAGAAAUUUCAGUUCUUCCGGCUGGAGAUUGCUGCUCACACAUGUUGCCAAAGAAGGUUGCUACAAAGCCAACAAUCGAAGAAGCAAUUGAAGGUGAAAAAGACUUGAAUGUCGACGAAAUGGUCAAAACUGCUCUCGAAGGAAUGCAGGUUAUAGAUAUUAAUGAUCCAUGGAAUGAUGAGGCACCGGCUGAAGAACCACAAGCUUGCCCUCUCGCUUUCCAGGAAUAA